UUUUUGUCUUUUGUUUCCAACUCGGCGCGCUUGGUCGACAUAUAGUGCCAGUGUCUCCUGGAAUGUAUAUCUCUUAGUAAUUUCUUUUAGUUAGUUUGGUUUUUUUCGAAAGAAACAGUAUAACAUAGGUAUAUAUAUGUACAUACAUUUUAUUUUACUGAGCAUUCUAGCGUUCUACUUAUGAAUACGUAAGCUGCUAUUUACUUAUUAUAAGUGUUAUCAGUGAUUGUGGUCAUCAUACAACAACAAGUGCCAAAAAAUUUCAUAAAAAGAGAAGCAAAGUGUGCCUAAAAUAAUAACACGAAACACAUAUACACCCAAAAACACAGCAACUUUAAAGCUAUUCAACAGAUCCAAUAUGUCCACAAACGUGCCAAUUAUAUCAGUGACGCCGCACCACCAUACUUCAUCAUCAUCUUCUGACUCGGAUUCCGAUUCGUCGAACUCUCAUGACAAUGACAUGGACUACUCUACGAGGUUGGGAAACACUACGGAUGUGGAAGACUUCGAUAGCCAGGCCGAUAUAUCGCUGCCUCCGUCCAGAAGAUCUUCAACAAACGGUCUGAGGCAUAUACAACAAGAUUUGACUGAUGUGGAAGACUAUGAUGCGUCCGAUUCGGAGGGCGAAGUAGAGGUUUUUCCAGAGCUUAAGUUGUCGCUGGAAGAGUUCCUAUCACAAGGCACUCAAUGCCACCAAACAAUCACCAAUGGCAUAAAAGAGAGAGUAGAACGACGCUCUGGCAACUUUCUUAAGGCUCAGAAUCUUACCCACGCCAAUGACUAUCUAACUGAUUGUGAAGAUUAUAACACUGAUUCGGAGUUAGAGAACGAAGCAGUUAAGUCGGUGUGUGUCGACUUGAAUGAGGCAUUUGUUGACCAAGGACGUGUAAAUAUUGCCGAUGCUACAGGUACACCGAACAGUAUCGAUGGCUCGGAUGAGAACGACGAGGACGUCUCAAUUGCAAGUAACAUAAGCGAUUUGCAUUUUGAGGAGGCUGGGGGGGCAUGUGGCCCACUGGCGCAAGCUUUAUCUGAAGAUGAACUCUUAGAACUUUCUGGCGAUGAAGAAAUCUGCCACAUUGCAGUUUCUGAUUCAGAAUCUAAAGAUGACGAUGAGAAUAUAUCGGAGGACGAUAUACUGAGCAAUUCAUCUGCACCACCUCUUGAUGUCACAUUCGUUAAGCCCUUGAGUCCUCUAAAGCGUUCCAGUGCUAAGUUAGAAUGUCCCUCCACUGCUUCCAAUUGUGCGAAGAGUUGCAUGUUCCUCGAAGUGCAAAGAGAUAAAGAAGAAGUGCUAACCGAUAUAGAACAGCUGGACGAAAACAACGACGAAGACAGCUAUGACGAUGAUGACAAUCCAAUACCACAAGCUGUUAUUUUAGCUGUAGGUGAUGAUGGUGGCUGCCAAACCGAUUGCGAGGAUAUCUCAUAUGAUGAUUUGUCGAACCCAGAAUCCUGUGCACAUGAAGGAGUUUUGACAGUUGAUGCAAAAGUUUUGCCCCAGCCUCAACGGGAAGUGAUCCUACUGCAAGAGGAUAAAUACGGAGAUACUACUACCAGUGUCAUGCCCAUGAGCGAGCAACAUAAAUUUGGAAUCAACUCUUGUGUUAGAGAGGAGUGUGUUACAGACUCAGAAGAGUUUUCAUAUGCCGCUGACGAUGAGCAGGCCGAUGUGUCCGCAGAGGAGCCAAUAAAUCCCCCAACUAACGUUCUAGUCGAAUCCGAUGUGACGGUGUCGAAUGAACAAAUGAAACCUCACAUCAGCAAACGCCUCGGAAUACAAUCCAAUAAUGAAUCCGUAACCGAUGUUGAAGAAUUCUACAUGGAUGGUACAAAUAUUCGCAAAAAGAAGCCCAAAACCCGUGUCAUAAGUAAGGGAAAGUCUAAGUAUUUAGACAUUCCCAAGGCCCCAGAAGAUGGCGGUACUGAUGUAGAAGACAUCGAGCUAUCGGAAGCCGAAUUGCCUCCCGAACUGAAAUACUCGCCCUUGCACAGCCUCAAUGAUGGUGCAUCUUCCAUCCAAGUCGAUAAAACGACUGAUGUCGAAGAACUCACUGCUGACGAUGACCUAUCGUCAACUUCUGAAUCUGAUUUGCCUCAGAUUAACAGAAUCGCGUCAAAUCUAAGGGACUACGAUUCCUGCAGUUCACAUGUGGUCACCGCUUUCGAAACCUGUGCUUCGGUACCAUCCGGUUUAAAGAACAAGAAACCUACACCUACCACCACUACUUUCAACAUUGCCACACCACAACAACAACACACCGAUACCGAGGAUGUACAACUUCCCUCCGACGCUGAAGACUACUGUCCACCUGAGUUACCCUCUACUUGCCUUCCAAAUGAGUUGCAUGAACUGCUAAAUGCCGGAUGUACCACAGUGCACGAAAAGUGCCAAAACAGUUUCAAUGUCGAUGGCGAGAGACUACAUAUCAAGGGUAUGGUUCGUGAAGCUCAUACAGACGUUGAAUAUGUAGAAUCUGAUGAAUCGGCCGCUAGAGGCAGCAAGUAAAGCGUCAUGCAACACCUUCAACUCUUUCUAAAAUUCAACAUCUACAAUUCUUUCCAAAAGUCAGAUAUAACUCUCAUUUCUAUUCUAUCAAUCAGACAUACAUCAACAAUUUU